AUGUCGCUGUUCUUUAAAACGCCGUUGGACAUAGAAGUCAGACUGGAUGGGGACGAUUCUAGGGAGCAUGUUGAGGUGAAAAAUGCUAAAGGCAGGAAGGAGAAGCUACCAUUGUACAAGGAUGGUGAGACCGUCAGAGGCCAGGUCACCGUUAGAAUAAAAGACAACAAGAGGGUGGAACACACUGGAGUAAAGGUUCAAUUGCUUGGUUCAAUUGAGAUCCAGAAUGACGGCUUGCAGAGUGAUGAUUUCCUGUCACUUGCACACGAAUUGGCGAGUCCAGGAGACCUGACACACCCUGAAACGUUCCAGUUUGAGUUCAGAAACGUGGAGAAGCAGUAUGAGAGCUACAGAGGAGCGAACGUGAGACUGAGAUACUACAUAAAGGUGACUGUAUCGCGGAAGUCAGCGGAUGUCAUUCGCGAGAAGGAAUUGUGGGUGCACCAACACCAGGGAGCAGUCGAAGAGUCCGCUCCACCACCUCCUUCCAGCGUCAAGAUGGACGUUGGAAUCGAGGACUGCCUUCAUAUUGAGUUUGAAUACUCGAGGAAUAGAUAUUCGCUCAAGGACGUGAUUGUUGGAAGGAUCUACUUCCUGCUGGUGCGUCUGAAGAUUAAGCACAUGGAGCUAUCCCUGAUCAGACGAGAAACAUGCGGGGCGCCUCCUCAUCAAUUGUCUGAUAGUGAGGUCUUGAUAAGGUUUGAGAUCAUGGAUGGAGCCCCGGUAAGAGGUGAAACCAUUCCAAUCCGUCUCUUCCUAGGUGGCUUCGAUUUGACCCCAACGUAUAAAGACGUGAACAAAAAGUUUUCGACCAGAACGUUCCUUAGUCUGGUCUUGAUUGACGAAGAUGCUAGAAGGUAUUUCAAGCAGAGUGAGAUCAUUUUGUACAGAGAAUAG